CUUUCUCUGUUGCAAAAGAUUACGGCUGAAGGAUGACGAAAUCUUCAGGAGCUGAUGGGAUUAGUAGAGGUGCAAUUGGAAUUGUUCCCGAGGAUCUCACUGAGGAGAACUAUGACGCAUGGAAAGGAUGCUUGAAACAUUAUUUGGUCGGGCAUGGCCUUUGGGGUGUUGUUUCUGGUAAGGAGCAGGAUCCUAUAAAAGAUGAGAGUCAAGAUUACGGAGAAGAUAAGAAACAGGAACACGAGGAAUGGCAGAAGAAGAAUGCAUUGGCCUUACAUGCCAUCCAACUUUCAUGCGGACCACGCACAUAUGUUAAAUUAAAAACUCACAAUUUUGCCCAAGUUGCAUGGAAGCAGUUGGAUGAAAAACUAAAGCCCGACAAUCUUGAAGUUGAUAAUGAAGGACCGAAAGAGCACCUUCAUUAUGAGCAAUUGUACAAAGCAAUCGCGAUAGGUUAUUUUCGUCGCACAAAACAUCUACUUGAUCAAGAUCCACUCGCUGUUAGGGCAAUAGUUUCAUCACAUAAAGAAACUGCACUUCACAUUGCUAUUCAGCAUGGACGCAUGAAGAUUGCAAAGGAGUUAUUGCAGAGAAUGGCACCAGAAGACUUGGAAGUUGUUAAUGAAUAUGGAUCCACAGCUCUUACUCUUGCUGCAAUCAGUGGUGUAACAAAGCUGGCAAGGACAAUUGUGGAAAAAAAUAAUAGGCUGCUUGUUAUGAAAAAUGACCUUGACAAUGGGCAGCUUCCUGUCAUUGUGGCUGCUUUGUUUGAUCAAAAGCAUAUGGUUAAUUAUCUAUACAGCGUAACACCAAAGGAGCAUCUAAGUCCAGAUAGGGGUGAAAAUGGAGCUACAUUGCUUAAUUCGCUAAUUACAGCAGAAGUAUAUGAUGUUGCUUCAAUGCUGCUUCGACAGUAUCCAAAACUUGGCGUCACCCCUGAUCAUAAUGGUGACUACACUCUCAGGUUACUGGCUCACAAGCCAUCUGCAUUUCCUAGUGGAACCAAACUUUCUUUCUGGAAAAAUUGGAUCUAUUCAUGUGUAAUGGUACAUUCUCCAUCGGGGAGUCCAACAGAUUCUCAUGAAGAUGAGGUAACAAAAACUCAAAGAGCAAGCAUGACUGAAGGCCACAACAUUGACAUUCAUGAUCCUAGUGAUGAUGAGAUGACUAAGACAGGGAAUCAAGGCCUUACUAGCUCUGUGCUGAAGAUUUUGCAUGGACUUAAUUGGAGCAUAGUAGGAUGCCUCGGAAUGAAGCAAAUACAUGAAAAGAAAAGGAUUCAUAGAGAUGCCCUUGAAAUCCUAGUCUGCAUUGUUAAGGAACUCCGGACAAUGAGCAACAUAGAACUUGAAAGGAUGCAGAUUGAUAAAAUUUUAUACGACGCCAUUCAGCAUGGAAUCGUUGAGUUUGUUGAGGAAAUUUUAAUAUGGUUUCCUGCACUCAUCUAUAGCAGAGACAAAACAGGCAGAACAGUAUUUUCACAUGCAAUUUUGCUUUGCCAAGAGACAAUUUAUAGCCUUAUAUAUGCCUUGGGAGAGCGAACGAGCAUUCUAGCCCGCAGGCAAGACUCUUUCGGAAACAAUUUCUUACAUUUAGCAGCCAGGCUGUCUCCACCAUCUCAACUUGACAGGGUUUCUGGAGCAGCUCUUCAAAUGCAAAUGGAACUACAAUGGUUUCAGGUCGCAAUUCAAUUCAUUGAAGUUGAGAGUAUUCUAGCACCAAGGAUGAAGAAAGAAUUGAAUUCUAGUGAUAAAACACCUUCUGCCCUCUUCUCUGACGAGCACAAGGCAUUGGCUAAGGAGGGAGAGAAAUGGAUGAAAAAUAUUGCAGGAUCAAGUAUGAUUGUGGGAACUCUCAUCGCUGCAGCCAUGUUUACAACGGCUUUCACAGUUCCAGGUGGUAAUGAUGGUAAAACAGGGCUCCCUGUCAUGAUAGGUACUCAACAAAAAGCAUUCUUGUUUCUUAUGGCAUCAAAUGCAGUGUCAAUGUUCACUUCUACAACAUCGAUUCUGAUGUUCUUGGGGAUUCUUACUGCACGUUAUGCAGAAAAAGAAUUUCUCAAGUCCUUACCUACAAAGUUAAUAUUUGGAAUCACAUUUUUGUUCGUCUCGAUAGUCUUCAUGAUGGCAUCAUUUGGUACUGCUAUAUAUCUGACGCUGAUCGAACAAGUAGCUUGGAUUUCCUACCCAAUCAUUGUUUUCUGUGUUAUUCCAAUAGCCCUUUACUCAUUGCUGCAAUUCCCUCUUCUGGUUGAGAUGAUCAGUCGCACUUACGGACAUGGCAUGUUCGAUAAACGCAAAAAGAAACUCGAGUUUUGAUACCUGAAUUAGUACCAGCAUCUCUCCAUUCUGCUGCUUAUCGUGACAUUCUGUAUUUCACUCGCAUUGGAUUGCUUUGAAGUUGUUUUCCAAAUAAUCCUUCAGUGUGAUGUUUUGAAUAGAUUUUGUUGGAAACAUCCAUUUGUUUUGUCUCCAGCUUGUACUGGAAUUCUUCGGAUUCCUGUGAUUCUGAGGAUUCCUGGAGCUAUCAAUAAAUCAUACCUAUGGAUUGCUUUUGA